GAAUGGUUUGAUGCCUCGUGCCAUCAGCGUCUAAUUCCGAUUACCGACAACCUCACUUUGUUAUCUUCACAUUCCCAAGGACACAAGGUAUUUCCAGGUGGAACAAUAACUUGUUAGAGGCUGAAAUUAAAAUGCCUACUAAGCGUCCUUCAUUGGUCACUCAGAAAGGGCCGAAUUCAUUCAAAAAACCAAGAGGUAAUCAUGAUGAUACCCCGGAGCCUUCGAAGUUCGAGCAAGAAUUAAUGUUGUUGGAUGAUAUUGAAACUGAAGAUAUAGCUUUAGUAGACGAAAGUUCUGCUUUAUCUCAUUUGGACUUUCUGACAAAUUCGCAUUGGCCAAGACGUAAACUAGAAAAGUUGGAUCCAAAAAAGACAAUAUAAUUUUUCAACAGUUUGAUGUGUCACAUUAUAAGUCUUUUUUCAAGUUUGAGGAUUAUAAUUAUUAUCGAUAGGUAGUUUGAUGGAUUAAACUACUGCAAUUUCUACAUUUUAAUGGUCGUCCUUAGUAAAUUAACAUCGCUUGUCAACAGUUUUGUUGGUACUUGUCACAUGAUUUGUACUUUUACUCUGUGUAAAGCAAUACUGUUCAGCAUACUUGAUCAAGGUAGUUUUCACAGUAUCUGAGUGAAUAUAUAUUCUAAGUUAAAAUAAAUUUCUGCUUCCUCUUUUAGUAAUCAC